AUGGAAACAAGAAGAAAAUUUAGAGAAAAGAUAACAAAGCUUAAAGAUUUAGAAGAAAAUAAAAUAAAUGAAAAAAAUGAUGAAAUAAAAACAAAUAAGGAAAGUUUAAAUGAAAAUAUAAAUGAAUUAGGCAUUACUGAAAAAACAAAUAAAAAUAAAGAUGAUAAUAAAGAAGAAAAACAUUUAAAAAUAUGUGAAAAUAUAACAAAUAAUGAAAAAAUUGAAAACUAUGAAAAACCGAAAAAUGAAGAAAAAAAUAAAAGUUUUGUAAAAAAUAAAAUUGAUGACAAAAUAAAUUAUUCAAGUAACAUUAUAAAAGAUAAUAAAACCAGUAGCAAUUAUGAUAAAAAUAAAAAAAACAGUAAACCGAGUAUCUCUAAUGAAAAUGAAUCACUUGAACAUUCAGAACUAUUAAAAAAAAGCAAACCAAGAGAAAAAGAUGAUAUAAAAUCAAAAAAGCGAAAUAAUCAAUUAAAAAAAUCACAUGAGUGUAUAAAUAUAGAUAUUAAUAUUAAAGAGCAGGGAAAAAAUGAUGAACAUAAUACGAAAAUAAAUGAAAAUAAAAUGAAAAUAGAUUUGAUUGAGAGAAAUAAUUCAAAUAAUGAUAAUGAGCAUAUAUAUUAUUCUCAUAAUACUUGUAUCGACAGAUAUUAUCAUGAUGAAAUAAAGAAUAAAAGUAUUGAAGAAAACGAAGAAAUAGAUGAAAAGAAAAAAAAAGAAAAAGAAAAAGAAAAAGAAGACAUUAAUAGUAUAAAUAAAAAAAAAAAUGAAAUAGAAAUUUCUAAAAGUAAAAAAAAAAAAGAUACAGAAAUAAGUGCAAAUGGAAAUAUAUACAAAAAGAAUAUUUUAGAAAAUUCUACUGAAGGAAAAAAUUCACAUAGUAAAACAAAAAAAAAAAGUAUUGAUAAUAAUAAAAAUGAAAGUUUGAAUAUAAUAAAUAAUAUAGAGUUCACUGAUAGCAAAAAAGAAUCAAAUAAACUUCUUAAAAUAGAAAAAGAAGAAGAAAUUGAAAAUUUAGAUGAAAAAAAAGAUAUAGAAGAAUUACUAAAAAAUAAAGAAAUUAACGAUUACACACAAAAAAUUAAUGAAACAGAUAAUUUAAACAAAAGAAAAGAUAAAUCAAGCGAGUUAGAAAACAAAGAAGAAGUAAUUAACUUAAUCAAAGAUGAAAAGACUAAUUUAAAAAAAAAUGAUGAAAUACAACAUUUAACUCAUAAAGGGGAUGAUUGUAAUGAAAUCGAAAAUGAUGAAACUAUAAUUGUCAAAAGGGACAAAUUAUUAUUUGAUACAAUUAUCAACGACAAACAUGAAAAUGAGAUAAAUAGUAGUAUACAUGUUAGUGAAAAUACAAAUUUAGAAGAAUUUAACAAAAAAAGCAAAUUAAAAAAUAAUCAUAAUGAAAAAAACACUUUAACAAAGGAAAUCACAGAAGAAAAUAAAGGAUAUGAAUCUUUUUUAAAUAGAAGCAUUAAAAGAAGAUUAUCACAAAUAUUAGAUAAUAUGAAAAAAAAACAAAUUUUUCAAAUGUUUAAUAACCCAGAUGAUUAUGGUAAUAUAUGCUUUGAUAGCAAAGAAGAAGAAAAAAUAAACACUGAAAAUGAAAAAAAUAAUAAAGAUCAAAAUAGUGAAAAUGAGGAUAUUAUAGAAUUAAAAAGUAACAAUUUUUUACAGUGUAUAAAUCUAGAUAUAAUAUAUAACAAAUUACACUAUAAUUUUUAUAAAAAUGAAAAUGAAUUUAAUGAUGAUAUGUUUUCAAUUUUUAAUAAUAUCAAGAGAAUUAUUGAAGUUACUGAUGAUAAGGAAGAACAAAUGAACCUUUUUAUUUUAAGAAAUGAUGCAUUAAAAAAUUAUGAAAAUGAAUUUUAUAAGAUGCUAAUUUCUAUACGUGGAACAAAAGACGCUAAAAAAUUUAUUACUUCUCAGAAGCAUUACAAUAAUGAAGAAGAAAAAUAUUUUUCUAAAAUUUUAGUAAAUGUAAAUAAAGAUGAAAAAAAAGAAAAUAAAAAUAAAAAUAACAAAGAUGAGAAACUUGUAAAAAAUAGCAAAACUAAACAAAACAUUUCAACAAGAAAAAAGGAAAGUGAAGUGAAAAAGGUAAUAAAGAAAGAAGUAAAUAAAAAUGAGAAAUCACUUCCUCUCAAAAAAAGUAAUUCUUCAAAUGUUGCAAAAAUAACGAAUUGUGAAGAAAAUGUUAAAGAUAUGAAUUUAUCAUUAAAUAUAAACUCAAACUUGUCCAAUAUUGAUAAUAACGAAAUUAAAAAGGAAAAUUUGAAUGAUAUAAAUUAUAAUGAAAUGAAUUAUGAAAUGAAUAAUAAUUUAUCAUGUGAAGAAACAAACAAUAUUAAUAAAAAAGUUAAUGAAGAAAAUGAUGAAAUACUUAAAGAUGACAUAAAUAAUAAAAGAAAGGAAAACACAAAAAUUACGAAAAAUGUAGUUAAAGAAAAAGAAAAAAAGAAUAAAAAAACAGAUACAAUUAAGAAUGAAUUGAGUAAAUCAAAAGAGGUAGAUAUUAUUGAAAAUAAAAAUUCUGAAAAAAAUGAAAAAAUAAUAGAAAAAAAAGAUGAAAAAAUAAUAGAAAAAAAAAAUGAAAAAAUAAUAGAAAAAAAAGAUGAAAAAAUAAUAGAAAAAAAACAUGAAAAAAUAUUAGAAAAAAAAGAUGAAAAUUUAAAGGAAGAAAAAAAAGACAAUUUAUGUAAUGAUAAAACAGGAAAAAAUGAAAUCAAAAGGAUAUUAAAUCAAUGGGAAAAAAUAUUAAGAGAUAAUAUAUUAAAACUUUUAAAGAAUGAUUCUAAUUCUUUUUAUUUUAAAAUUCCAGUUUUAGAAGAUAAAAGUAUUAGUGAUAAUAUAAAAGAAGAAUAUAAAAUGAAAAUAAAAAAGCCAAUGGAUUAUACAACUAUUUCAAAAAAUUUAUCAGAUGGUUUUUAUAAAAGACCCAUUGAUUUUUAUUUAGACAUGAAAUUAAUUUAUAAAAAUUGUCUCGAUUUUAAUCCAGGAAUCUCAGAAAAUCAAUAUAUAAUAGAUGCAGCAAAAAGUAGUGAUGAAAAAUUUGAUAAUUUAUGGAAUAAAUGGAAAGAAAAAAUAUUUAAUAAUUACUGUGAUUUGAAUAAUAAUAUUUUUAAUUUAUCCUAUUAUUUAGAAUUUUUUAAAAAAAUUACAAAAAAAAAAAAAAAAUAUAGCACUAUUUAUGCAAUGUGGGUAGAUUAUCUUAUUAGUAAUAAAAUUGAAUUGAAUGAUUUUUGUAAAUUAAGAAAUUUCAAGAUAGAAGAAUUAAAUGAAAAAUGUAAAUCAAAAAUAGAUUUAAAUGAUAUUAACUUAAAAGAUUAUAAAAAAUUAAAUAAAAACAAUUUGUUGUUUUAUAUAUUUAAAGAAGAAUAUCAGAACAUUUUAAAUUUAAAAAAAGAAGAAAAAAUUACAAAAAAUUUUGAUGAAGAAGAAAUUACAAAGAAAAAAGAUGGUGAAGUAAGUCAUGAAGGAAAUAGUAAAAUUAAAAUUAUUUUAAGAGAUUCAAAAAUAGGACAAAAUUAUGGAGAUAAAUUAAAAGAAAAACAAGAUAGUCUUUUAACGAAUAUUCUUAAAGAAAAAAAAAAAAAAAAAAAAAAAAAAAAUGUCAUUUUUUUUGAAGAAAAUGUUUUUGAUAAUUAUUUAGAUAAUAAAAAAAGUUGUAUGAUAAAAUAUGAUAAAAAUGUAUUUAUAACUGAUUGUUUUUACUACAAAAAUAUUUUCAAAAACUUAGAUGAACUUAUUGACGAAAAUUUAAAAAAAGAAAAUGAAAGUGAUAUAUUAAAAGUUGAACCCUCAGAUAAUGAUUCGCAUAUUGAAGAAAAUCAUUCUCAUAAAGAAACACCACUAACUGUUUUAAAUGGUAAAAAUGAAAAAAUAGAAGGAGAAAUUACAAAUGAAAAUGUACUUCUUACAAAAAAUAAUAAUAAAUUAAAUGAACUUGAUAGUAAUAAUAAAAAUAACUAUCCAAAUGAAAAACCUGAAGAAAAAAAUUGUAAUAUAAAUUCUUAUAAAUGUAAUGAAAUACAUGAAAAUGAUAAAAUAUCAUUGAAUACACAACCAUCUGUGAAAAAUGAUAAAAAACUUUUUCUAAAAGAUAAAAAGAUUUAUUUAAAUAUAAAAAAAAAAGAGAUAAAUAAAAUUAUAUGUAAAGAAUUUCAGGAUGAUUAUGAAGAAAGCAUAAGUGAUCAUAAUUCUUCUCAUGAAAAAAUAAUACUGAAAGAAGAUUCAUUAAAUGAUUUAGAAAAUGUAAAUAUGAAACAAAAUAAUGUUUUUAAUAUAAAAGAUCAAGAAAUAAGUAAUAAUUAUAUAAAUAAUAUCAACAACAAUAGUUACAAUGACAAUCAUAAUUUAAACAACAAUGUGAGUACAGAAUUAAAUGAAUAUGAAAAUUUAAUUUAUAAAGAAGAAAAAACACAAUCAGGUAAAAAAAGAAAUAUUUACGAAAAAAAUCCAGAUGAUAUCUCGAAUAUUGUUAAAAAGUAUAAAGGAUAUUCAGAAACAAAAAAAUUUGAUUUAAAUAGCCUUAAUCAUGCAGAAAAAAAAGAUAAUAAUAAAAAAGCUCACAACCUUUUAAAUAAUAAUGAUGAUGAUGUGCUAUUUAAUUUAAGUAACAAAAAUUUUUUUAAUUUCCACAUAUUAUUUGAAAAAAAUAAAAAAUUAAAAGAAGAAUUUUUUUUAAAAAACCAAAUAAUAGAAAAAACGUUACUUUUAAAUUUGAAAAUGGAAUAUAGUAAAUUUAUAGAUACUUCAUUUUUCCCUGUGAGUAAUACAUGCUUUUAUAAUCAUUACUUUGAUGAUAAUUUUUUUUUCUUUAUUAGAUCUAGUUUUAAGUUAGAUUUAUUUAUAAAAAUUCAAAGAAAGAAUAUUUUUUUAUCUGAAGAAAAAUAUUUUGAAUUUUUAAAAAUCCAUUUGAUGAAUAAGUGUAAACAAAAUAAUGAUAUAAAAUUUUACUUAAGUAAUUACACUUCAAAUGAUGAUGAUACAUUAAUUCAAAUUUUAGAAAAAUGUUUUAAAAAUUUAAAUUCAGAAUAUGAUACGUCAAAUUCAUUAUUAUUAUAUGAUGCUAUAAAUGAAAUUUCAUUUUUAUUAUCCCAAAUUAGAAUAUACAUUAAGGAAAUAGAUAUUUUGUUAAGAUUAGAUAUAGAUAAGAAAACAAACAUCACUACCAUUAGUAUUUUAAAGAAAAAGUUAUAA